GCGGGCGGCGCGAGGCGGUCGGCGGGAGCUCGAGGAGGAGCCGCCGCCGCCACCGCCGCCGCCAUAGAGACUGUAGCCGUGGAGACUGUUACUUACCAACGGGGACCAACACGCAGCAGCCGCCGCCGCGGGAGCCGCUGCCCGAACUCCCGGCCGGAACUCCAGAACUGAGCAUGCAGAGUUCAGAGGGUGCAGCGGACUCGCCAGCUUCUGUGGCUCUGUGUUCGUCAGCGGCCACUCAGGCGCCUGUGGCCCAGCCAGUGCCAGCCUCCCCACAGAGGGUGCUAGUCCAGGCAACGGGCUCGGCUUCCAAAGGGGCCCAGAUGCAGCCAAUCUCCCUCCCCAGAAUCCAGCAGGUGCCACAGCAGGUCCAGCCUGUGCAACACGUGUACCCAUCCCAAGUGCAAUACGUGGAAGGCGGAGACGCUGUCUACACAAAUGGAGCCUUGCGGACGGCCUAUGCCUAUAACCCCGAGCCUCCAAUGUAUGCCACAAGCAGCGCAGCAUCUUACUUCGAGGCCCCGGGCGACGCCCAGGUGACCGUCGCAGGCUCCUCGCCGACAGCAGUCCCUUCCCACAGCAUGGUGGGCAUCACCAUGGAUGUCGGGGGGAGCCCCAUUAUCUCCAGCACAGGAGCCUAUCUCAUCCACGGGGGGAUGGACAGCACCAGACACUCGCUGGCCCACACUUCCCGGUCGUCUCCAGCAACGCUUGAAAUGGCGAUCGAAAACCUCCAAAAAAGCGAAGGGAUCACAUCACACAAAAGCGGUUUACUCAACAGCCAUCUCCAGUGGCUGUUAGAUAAUUACGAAACCGCUGAAGGCGUCAGUCUCCCCCGAAGUUCUCUUUAUAACCAUUACCUUCGGCACUGCCAGGAGCACAAGCUGGACCCUGUGAAUGCCGCCUCCUUUGGGAAACUGAUUCGCUCCGUGUUUAUGGGCCUGAGGACACGGCGGCUGGGUACCAGGGGCAACUCAAAGUAUCAUUACUAUGGGAUCCGUCUAAAGCCGGACUCGCCCCUGAACCGGCUGCAGGAGGACACCCAGUACAUGGCCAUGCGGCAGCAGCCUGUGCAUCAGAAACCAAGGUACCGGCCAGUCCAGAAGUCGGACAGCCCUGGGGACAAUGGCUCGCACAGCAGCCUACAUAGCACGCCAGAGCAGGCCAUGGCCGCCCAGAGCCAGCACCACCAGCAAUACAUAGAUGUCUCCCACGUCUUCCCGGACUUCCCAGCGCCUGACCUGGGCAGCGUCUUGCUGCAGGAGAGCAUCACACUUCAAGACGUCAAGGCCCUGCAGCUGGCCUAUCGGCGGCACUGUGAGGCAACUUUAGAUGUCGUGAUGAACCUCCAGUUCCACUACAUCGAGAAGCUGUGGCUUUCCUUCUGGAAUGCUAAAGCCUCCUCCAGCGACGGCCCCGCCUCUCUACCAGCCAGUGAUGAGAUUCCCGAAGCCACCAUCCUUCCAAAGGACAAGCUGGUGUCUCUGUGUAAAUGUGACCCCAUCCUUAAGUGGAUGAGGAACUGUGACCACAUCCUCUACCAGGCCCUGGUGGAGGUCCUCAUCCCUGACGUGCUUCGGCCAGUACCCAGCACCUUGACACAGGCCAUUCGUAACUUUGCCAAGAGCUUGGAAGGCUGGUUGACGAACGCCAUGAGUGACUUCCCACAACAGGUUAUCCAGACUAAGGUCAGCGUGGUUAGUGCCUUCGCCCAGACCCUGCGGAGAUACACAUCCCUCAAUCACCUGGCACAGGCGGCCCGGGCCGUGCUUCAGAACACUUCCCAGAUCAACCAGAUGCUCAGCGACCUCAACCGCGUGGACUUUGCCAACGUGCAGGAGCAAGCCUCGUGGGUGUGCCAGUGCAAGGAGAGCGUGGUGCAGCGGCUGGAGCAGGACUUCAAGCUGACCCUGCAGCAGCAGAGCUCCCUGGACCAGUGGGCCAGCUGGCUCGACAACGUGGUCACGCAGGUCCUGAAGCAGCACGCGGGCAGCCCCAGCUUCCCCAAGGCUGCCCGGCAGUUCCUGCUGAAAUGGUCCUUUUAUAGCUCCAUGGUGAUCCGAGACCUCACCCUGCGCAGCGCUGCCAGCUUCGGCUCCUUCCACCUGAUCCGCCUGCUGUAUGAUGAGUACAUGUUCUAUCUGGUGGAGCACCGUGUCGCCAAGGCAACCGGGGAGACACCCAUUGCCGUGAUGGGAGAGUUCAAUGACCUCGCCUCCCUGUCACUGACACUGCUGGAUAAAGAUGACAUCAGUGAAGACCGGAGCAGUGAGGCUGAUGCGGAUGCCCGCAGCUUGGGUGAGCCCCUGGUAAAACGGGAGCGCAGCGACCCAAACCACUCCCUGUAGGGUAUGUAGUACUGAGGCCCUUCCCCAGGCCUGCCUGGCCUCCUCGAGCUCCACAACAAUCGUGCCUCUUACAUGAAGUGACCUUGACUCUGACUCACAGGAUCCCAGGGCAUGUGCACCCUGAAAGGACAUGCUAUUCCUCCCCAAGAAAACUGUUGUUCACCAUGGCCGAAGGUCACACCUGGUUCUGAGUACCUGAGUGGCUCCCUGGGGGCCACCCGGAUCAUCUUUUCCUCCUGACUGUCUUAGUUCUCCCGUCUGCUGGACUGUGACCUUCAGGCCACUUCCACACACCCCGCCGAGCUGGGAAGACCGAGCUGGGCAGGUCAGCACCUCUGCGUUGGGCUUCUCCAUUCAGCUCAGUCCAGUUUUCACCAUGAUUUUUAAAACUCAGGCAGAUCCCAGGAAGGAAAGGUGUCUCACAGCUGUUGGUCAGUCCCACGCUGACCUCAUCCACAGAUACCCUCCUCUGGUGCCCCUGUGAUGGAAAGGCGUGUCUCUCUACUGCACCCCAUGGCCUCUCGUAGACAGGCUGUCCUCGGCCUCCUGUCCUGUGCUGAAGCAGGGAGGUCCCAGGGGCCCCACUUCUAGACUCCAAAGAUCCACACAGCGUGUCCCUAGAUGGCAGGUAGCCCAUGGCCCCAUGUGGCUCAAAGAACAAGUCACAGAAAUAGGCCCGCUGUGUCUAAGAAUUAACACCAGAAGGAUUACCAGCACCAGGAAGGACUGUGGUUCUGUCCAAGGUUACAGCCAACAUGAAGCCAACCACUGAGUCUGCAAUGCACCUGACCCAAGGGGGCCAAGGCAGUCAGUGUUCCAGUGGUGCAUUCAGAAGCCCGCCAUCCCGCCAAAUCUGCACAAAUAGCCAUGCCUACAGUGUGGUCCACAGAAUCUUCUAGAACGCCUGCCUUGGAAUUGGUGAUCCUGGACAACGGUGACCCUGGGCAGGUCCCAUCUUGAACUGUUUGAAGUUGAGAUCUUCUCUGGGGACAAACAGAUCCCAAGGACUUGGACAGCCCUGAACUUUAAACUCCCAAUCUGUGUCCCAAUAGCAACACGCACUUGGUUGCUCCGUGUGAGAGUCCUGUCCCAAAACAACUGCAAAGAAGAAAGACAAACCUCUAGUCUAGGAAGUGCCAUCUAAUGCAAUGCAAUAGUUUCUCUCUUUGGAAAUAACUUUAUACCAAUAGUUUUGUGCUCCAAUUGUUAUUAGAACGUUUCUUAAUAAUGUAUAUUGCAGUAUAUUUGGUCCCCAAUAUUUUAUCUCAUUCAUGUCAAGCAGGAGCGCUGGGCCCACCUCGGCCCUCGCCAGGUGUGUGGGGUGGUGGUGGGGGAGGAAGUGGCAAGAAAGAUAGUCGCUCACUGUAGAAACCCCAAGUCCAUGAUGACCAAGACUUAGGUGAAAUCAGACCGAAAGAAUGUCUUUAAAUACACACCUCCCGCUGGAAGGCACUGAAGCUCACGGUGCGUGCACUGUGAUGCCUCUUCUUUCCCAGUGCCAGCUGGGUUCUGCCUUAGGCUCUGCCGUGUCCUUUGCAGGAUUCCACGAGGACUACAAAUGACAGUAAAGACACGAGUCUUCCAA